UAAUCUUUUGUUUUAUGUAUUAUCUCAGAUCAGAAGAAUCAAACAUGGCUGUUUUCUCUCUCUCUUCUUCAACCUUGAUCCAUCCUCAGCUCCAGCCCAUGGUGGCCAAAAUGACUCUCUUUGACACCUUUCUCUUCUGUGUGAUACACAUGGUGGACAAGCUUGGAAUAUGGCACAGACUGCCUGUGAUAAUAGGAGCAGCAUACUUGGGGAUUAGGAGGCACUUGCACCAGCGUUACAAUCUCUUGCACGUCGGAAAAAUGGCCGGAAAACAGUACGAUGAGAAGGAAAUCUGGUACCGGACGGCCGACGGCAAAUGCAAUCACCGCGAUGAUGAUUUGGUCGGCAGUCAAGGAACCUUUUUUGGUCGUAAUAUGCCUCCCUCCACUUCGCCCUACGGGGUGUUGGAGCCUCAUCCUUCAAUAGUGGCCUCAAAGCUUUUAGAAAGGAAGAAAUUUAAAGAUAAUGGAAAGCAAUUCAAUAUGAUAGCCUGCUCCUGGAUACAAUUUAUGAUUCAUGACUGGGUUGAUCAUUUGGAGGAUACUAACCAGGUGGAGAUUGGAGUUGUUGAAGAAGUUGCUAGUGGAUGCCCCCUAAAGUCAUUCAAGUUCUUCAAGACCAAAGAAGUUCCCACAUUCACACCUCACAUAAAAUCUGGAUCCUUGAACACAAGAACUCCUUGGUGGGAUGGAAGUGUAGUGUAUGGGAAUAACAAUGAGGGAAUGACAAGAGUAAGGAGUUUCAAAGAUGGGAAACUGAAGAUCUCAGAAGACAUGCUUCUUGAUCAUGAUGAGAAAGGCAUUCCGAUCUCCGGCGAUGUUCGAAAUUGCUGGGCAGGUUUUUCUCUCCUACAAGCUCUGUUUGUCAAGGAACACAAUCUUGUUUGUGAUAUGUUGAAAGAACAUUAUCCAGAAUUUGAUGAUGAGAAUCUCUACAGGCAUGCAAGACUAGUGAUUUCAGCAGUCAUUGCUAAAGUUCAUACAAUAGAUUGGACUGUUGAACUCCUAAAGACUGAUACUCUUCUAGCUGGCAUGAGGAUUAAUUGGUAUGGAUUAUUAGGAAAGAGAUUUAAAGACAUGUUUGGGCAUAUUUGUGGACCAGUAUUUAGUGGAUUGGUUGGUCUAAAGAAGCCCAGAGAUCAUGGAGUUCCUUAUUCACUGACUGAGGAGUUUGUGAGUGUUUAUAGAAUGCACUCACUUCUACCAGACAAAUUCAUCCUUAGGGACACCAACUCUGCAUCUUCAGAAGACAAAUGCCCUCCUAUACUAGAAGAGAUUCCAAUGGAGAAAAUGAUAGGCAAAGAAGGAGAAAAGAGACUAUCAAAGAUUGGGUUUGAGCAAAUGUUGGUGUCAUUAGGUCAUCAAGCUUGUGGAGAACUCUCACUGUGGAACUACCCAUCAUGGAUGAGGAAUCUCAUUGCUCAUGAUAUCAAUGGAGAAGAUAGACCAGACCCAAUUGACAUGGCUGCCUUAGAAAUUUACAGAGAUAGAGAGAGAGGAGUUGCUAGGUACAAUGAGUUCAGAAGGAACUUACUAAUGGUUCCAAUUAGCAAGUGGGAAGAUUUAACAGAUGAUGAUGAAGCUAUUGAAGCUCUUUAUGAAGUUUAUGGGAAUGAUGUUGAGAAGCUUGAUUUGCUAGUGGGUUUACAUGCAGAAAAGAGAAUAAAAGGCUUUGCCAUUGGUGAAUCAGCUUUCUUUAUUUUUCUACUCAUUGCAUCAAGGAGGCUAGAGGCAGAUCGGUUUUUCACAUCCAAUUUCAACAUCGAAACGUACACAAAAGAAGGGUUUGAAUGGGUUAAUAGGACGGAAUCCUUAAAAGAUGUGUUGGAUAGGCAUUUUCCGAAGAUGACAAAGAAAUGGAUGAGCUCUUCUAGUGCUUUUUCGGUGUGGGACUCUAUCUCAACUCCUAAUUACCUACCUUUGUAUAUGCGACCAGCUACCUAGUUUUACACAACUUAUAGUAAGUGUUUUGUAUGGCAGAAUAGAAUAAAAGUAGUAAUAAGAAUAAAAAUUAGAAUGGUAAUAAGAAUAAUAUUCUCUUGUUUAGUUGAAUUUUGAAAUCAUCGUGGAAAUAAUAGUUAUUAGUUUGGUCAAUCAUAAGAAUAAUAUGGAAUACAUAUUACAUUAACCAAGAUACAUUUACUCUUAUAAUAUUUUAUAUGAGUUUAUAUUUUUUU